AAGUAGUCGUUUUUUGGAGGUGGACGAAGCAGGGCAAGAUGUGGCGUCUUAUUCGAUAAAGCCCGAGGCGUUACAUCCCUGCGCACGCCGUAACCUCGGGCGGCUAUUAUCAAAAUGCAUCGCGCCAAGAGCCCCUCCCCGCAGAAAAAAGCACGCGAGCGCACAGCGUCCGCCAUGCUCUUCCGAAUGCUUGCCGAGAGCAAGGCACGGGAGUGGGGGCGGCAGCCAGAUGCUUCGCGUUCUGCGGGGGUCGCCGCAGUGUUUUGCCUGCCCGCCCCGGAGUCCUCUCACGUGGGCCAGGGAGCGCGCUCGCCCUGUGCUCCCCGGGCGGAGUCAGCCGGCCCGGCCUGUUCUGCCGGCUGCCAGUCUUCGUUGGGGGACCGGGCGCACCCGGCGGCAAUUGUUGCCCGGGCCCCGGUUAUAGUGUGGCACGGUGAUACGUGCUGCCCGUGGCGCGCCUUAUGCCUCGCCUUCGGCCGGGCCGGGGCCGGGCUCUCUGCUGCCGCCCGACUGCGCCCCCAGGCUUGUCUCACUCUGCGCUUCAAGGAAUGUGAGGGCCACUGACUCACUGUCUGGCUGUGAUGAAGGUGGCGCACCCGCGGCGGCCAGGGUGUAGCUGGCCUGCUGGCGCUUUUGUCUGCGCUGCCGCGCGCUCGAGGCCGCCACAGCUACCGCAAUAGCCGGUUACUACACAUGGCUGGAGCUAGUUACUACGCACUACUGUGCCGCUAGCGGCGUGUCGAAGAAACUAAUGAAGGCCCCAAGCCGCC